AGUUUCCACGUUCUUGUAGUUGGGUGAUUAAUUUUAAAAUUCUGUCAGUGGAAAUCUCUGUGUCGGAGGUGAAAAAGAAGACAACAUAACCCUAACCAAAGUAGAAGAAGAAGCUCAUCAGGUUAGUCGCUGUAAUACCCCAUGGCCUGGUCGGAAGGAGUUGAGGAAACUCGUCUUCUCAUUGCGCCGGAUGUUAAUGCAAUUGGAAAUGGCUUAGGGCAAUUUUUAUCCCUUCGCCAUCCCAAAUCAGGAAAAGCGACAUGUUAUCUCUUUAAAAAUGGGACACUCCAAGAACUUAAUUGGUUUAAGCAAUCUUACGGGUCUUGGUUCCUCGGGGAUUAUGUCUGUGAAGAUGGGCGCCUAUAUACUGCCACUAUAGUUGAUCCUGUUUUCAUUAUGUUGCCCAUUUUUGAGGAAGCUAGGAUGAAGAAGAGGGACGACCCAGGGAAGUUCAGGCAAUUAGAUGAGAUAAUGUUCGUUAACAGCUAUCCUGGAUAUCAACAUUUAAUACCCAUUGCAGAGAAUUGUAUGCAAGUAGUUUGUGAAAUCAAAGAAAUCGGAUCCUCCAAGUUUUUUAGGCUGGAUGACUCAAAGGUUUUAGCUUGGCUGUGCUAUAAGGUACACCAAUUAAAACAGAUUCUACCCACAUUGGACAAAAACUAUGCUGCUCGUGAUACGAAGGAUACAUUAACUGAUGCGAUCUCAAUAUUGGGGGAAUACUUGGAGGAUGAGCCUUGGUUGAAGCUUUUGUGUGACCAUCUAAAGUUAAAUUUAUUGGAUGCAACUAUGAAAGCACCAGUUAUUGAAUUCCAUCCAACUGCUCCAGACAAUAGUUUAGGGUCUUCCAAUCAAUUACAGGGAAAGAGUGGGAAUGAAAGAAAAACUACGAGACCUGGAAAGCAACCUAAAAAGGCAAAAGUGGAGAAAGAUUCAAGAAACAUCAAAGACAUGUUUAGCAGGGCUUCUAGAAAGUGAAGCUGGACCUUUUUAGUUGAAGAGUGGACCACCCGUGAAACCUGGUAGGUAUGUGUGGUGUUAGUAUGCAGUCUUUACCUGUGCACAAGCUUUGACUAACAUGCCAGUACAACCUGUCAGUGCUGUAUGUCUGGCAUCAAUUUGACCACAUUGAGAUUAAAUAUUUAGCAAUAUAGUCUUCCUGUAUGAGAUUAAGAGAGUAUUUGGUAAAACAUAAUACCAAUUACUUCAAAUAUCCUCUAAGUUCUGGCAUGCAAGAUUUGAGCUCUAUUAUAGCCCUGAAUCAGUACCUACCAAAAAACGAGACCAAUCAGAAAGUGCCACAAAUUUAACAUGACCCUGUUAUUCAUAUUAGAAACUACUAGACCAGGUAUAUGUUCUUAUUGGUUUAGUGGGAUGGUGGCUCUCCCAUGGGAAGCGAGAUCAACUCCUUUCUUUGAUAUAGGACGCAUGUUAUGAGAAAUGAUGAUGAUGACUAAUUCUCUCCUCAUGGAGCACUUAUCUAUCCCAUUAUUUUAGGUCCGCGAUUGCAGCAUUAUAUUUGUCGUAAAUAUAGUUUUUCAUUAUUGCUUAAGUUGAAACUAUAUAUUUGUGGUUCCACAGUUUAGAAGGUGGAAAAAAAAAAGAAUGGAAGAGGUUUAGCAUUA